AUGACCUGCAACAAUUCUAGUAAUGGUAGCCAGGGGAUUAAUACCUGCUUUCCAAAAAUUGGUCCUAACACAGAACCCCACAUCAUGAUCUUCAUUAAUUUGGUCACUUGCCUCUGUGGGCUGCUGGGAAAUGGCAUCGUCCUCUGGUUUCUCAGUUUCCACGUUAAGAGAAGCCACUUUACCAUAUACAUCCUCAAUCUGACAGUCACUGACUUCAGCUUCCUCCUGGGACGAAUGAUUUGGUACUUCACCAAGAUUCUUUAUAUAUAUACUAGCGAGCUUCUUACCAAGUGCCACAUGUUUUAUAUAUGUCAUGGAACCCUUGUAUUCAACAUAUUUUUGUACAACACAGGGCUGGGCUUCCUGACGGUCAUCAGUGUGGAGAGGUGUCUGUCCAUGCUCUUUCCCGUCUGGUAUAGGUACCACCAUUUGAAAAAGAAAUCUCCUCCCAUCUGUUCUUUCAUCUGGUCCCUCUCAGUCUUCAUGGCUGUCCUGGAGUUUUACUUUGAAGUCUACAUGGGGGACACCUACAAGACCUGGAGAUACAUCAUCAGUAUCUUUAGCUGUGUACUCAACUUCCUGGUGUCUAUGCCCCUGAUGGUUCUAUCCAGCCUGAUUCUCUUCCUGAAGUCCUGGAAGCGAUCCCAGCACCACCACCCUGCUAAGCUCCACAUCACCAUUUUGGUAACCAUCCUCGUGUUCCUCAUCUUUGGCCUUCCCCAGAAGAUUUGGUUUGUUGUCCAUUUUGGGUUCAAAGUGGAUGUCAGCAGGUCUGUCUCUAUUAUCUUUGAGCUUCUCUCCUGCAUAAAUAGCAGUGCCAACCCUGCCAUUUACUUCUUUGUUGGCAACCUCUGGAAGAAUAAGAAAAGAAAGUCCCUGAAGCUGACUCUUUUGAGGGCCUUCAAGGAGGAUUUCCAAGGUAGAGAAGAUAGAAUGACACUCCCUGCUACCAGCUCAGACACCAUAGAGAGGAGGAACCCACAGAAGUAG